AUGUCCUCGGCCAUCGAGAGGAAGAGUCUGGACCCCUCCGAGGAGCCAGUGGAUGAGGUGCUGCAGAUCCCCCCGUCCUUGCUGACAUGUGGUGGCUGCCAGCAGAACAUCGGCGAUCGCUACUUUCUCAAAGCCAUCGAUCAAUACUGGCACGAGGACUGUCUCAGCUGUGACCUGUGCGGAUGCCGCUUGGGAGAAGUGGGACGUCGUUUAUACUAUAAAUUGGGAAGAAAGCUUUGCAGGAGGGACUAUCUCAGGCUUUUUGGCCAGGAUGGUCUCUGUGCCUCCUGUGAUAAGCGGAUCCGGGCUUAUGAGAUGACCAUGCGGGUGAAAGACAAAGUGUAUCACCUGGAAUGUUUCAAAUGUGCCGUCUGCCAGAAACAUUUUUGCGUGGGUGACAGGUACCUCCUCAUCAACUCUGACAUAGUGUGUGAACAGGACAUCUACGAAUGGACUAAAAGCAACGGAAUGAUAUAGGCAAGCGUCAACUCGGAGUCUUCAAGAGGUGACAUGCAAAGAAAGCCUUGGAGGAGUUACACCACUUGAGCUCUGAGCUCUGUGUAAUGGUGGGAAGACAUGCUUUAAGGACUAUGUAGCUCCUUAUCAGGCAGCUUGCAUAGACUCAAAGCCACUCGUAAUCAAGCAAGGAGAUUGAAACUUGACCAAUAGGGGGAUUCUUUGGGAGAAUUUAUUAUUGAUAAUAACUGACACUAUUAUCUGAGGAGUGGAGAGUUUGGGGACAAAUAUGUGAUGUGAUAAUGGGAUCUCAUACCUGCUGAUAGUGAGUCAUUGUAUAAAGAGUUGUUCUGACUUUGCCACUUGCAAACUAGGAAUGUGCAAUUGAUUACUUUUUUUUUCUUCCCAACUCAUCUUGUGACCCCGUCCAGAUCAUUGUCCUCAACAUGAGCAAGGACAAGGAGAAAGGGACCAUUCCUUUUCUUGGCCACCUUCCCAAGCCCUUUAGCUUUGAACAUAAGGGAAAGUAUUUGCAUGGAAACAUAUUUCACUGGAGAGUGAAACACAUAUCCUGUAGCCAAACAAUUCUUUAAAUAAAUGCAGAUGAGUCACUGGAUUUAGACACUUCUGUGUCAAGGGGAAGAAUUCCUUAUAUUGUUUCUAUACAACUGGAAAUCUAAAAAGAGUCACUCAACUAUUUUAUUAUCCUAGAUUUUAUCAUUAAAGUAUUUGUUGUGUGUAGUAAAAUGAACCCACAAACUUAAUAAAAAUGACACAAAAAUUGA